CGACAUUAAUUGUGUCAAUAAUUAAAGUUCUCUCCUGUAAAUUAUCAAAACCAUUCACAUGCCCGAUAUAAUCAUCAGAACAACUUGGGCUGUAGAAGCAGCCUCAUCAUCACUAGUUCAGUGCCUCAACCUCCAAAAUGACCAGUGAUAAAACCAUCACCGCCAAAUCAGUGGCGAUGUGCGUCCUCUUCACCGCAUCACUAACCCUCGGCACCCUCCCAAUCCUCCUUUCCCGAAUCUUCCGAUGGAAAUCCGACUCUCAAGAAAAUCCCUACGUGCAAAAACUCCUUUGUCUGGGAGGUGGAGUACUCCUCUGCACCACUUUCAUGCACCUCCUGCCGGAAGUAUCCGAAAGAAUCGAAAAAAUCGACAGCAUCCCCACCAAAGACAUUCAUUACGCUGAACUCCUGAUGUGUGCGGGUUUCUUCACUAUGUACUUCGUCGAAGAAUGCGUCCACGCCUGCCUCCACCACCAUCACCAGCACAAAGAGGAAGCAGUCCUUGUGAGAACCCUCUCGAUACGACGAGGGGAAAAAGACCCGGAAAAAUCCAAAACCAACAGCGCCAGAACCACAAUCGAAGGCCCCAUUACAGUGUGUGUCGAAGACAAGAAGCACAUGCACGACCACAGCCACGGCCACAGCCAUUUCGUGGCAGAUGAUAUGGAAGAUUCGACCAUGAAAACCAUCAGAGGUUUGUUUGUGGUUUUGGCACUUUCGGUUCAUGAACUUUUCGAAGGCUUGGCGGUUGGGUUGGAGUCGUCGAGUCAGAAUGUUUGGUACAUGUUUGGGGCCGUUAGUGCCCAUAAACUGGUCAUUGCGUUUUGUAUCGGGGUAGAGCUUGUUUCUUCCGGGUUGAGAACCGCAGUGGUCAUACUUUACGUUUUUAUUUUCGCUGUUGUUAGUCCUUUGGGGAUUGGGAUGGGGAUUAUUAUCAGCACUGAAGGGCAGUCGGCGACUGAAUUACCUUCGGUAUUUUUGCAAGGUAUCGCUUCGGGGACACUGCUGUAUGUUGUCUUUUUCGAAAUAUUGAGCGCGGAUAGAAAGAGUGGUCUUGGACACUUUUUUUCUGUAAUUGUAGGAUUUCUUAUCAUGCUUACUAUUAAAAUUUUCGAAGAUUGAAACGUACAACGAAUGAAAUUUUUAAAAAAUCUCUGUUUGUGAUACUGUUGUGAAAGAUAUUUGUUGAUAAUGUUGACACUUAGGAUUAGUUUUAUGUACUUAACAAAUAAUUUUGUAACAUAAAAUAAACAUAAUUAGAACUGGUAUCAUUUUUGAUACCUGUAAAGCACUUACUUAAUUUUAAGUAUUAUCUUUUUACCCAUCAUAGUGGGUUAAAUAAAACUAUAUUUCUGUAUAAAUAUUUUUAUAAUAAAAAUUAAUUUGUUUUGU